AUGACAGAUCUCUUAUCAUCAUCAUCAUCAUCAUCAUCAUCAUCAUCAUCAUCAUCAUCAUCAUCAUCAUCAUCAUCAUCAUCAUCAUCAUCAUCAUCAUCAUCAUCAUCAUCAUCAUCAUCAUCAUCAUCAUCAUCAUCAUCAUCAUCAUCAUCAUCAUCAUCAUCAUCAUCAUCAUCAUCAUCAUCAUCAUCAUCAUCAUCAUCAUCAUCAUCAUCAUCAUCAUCAUCAUCAUCAUCAUCAUCAUCAUCAUCAUCAUCAUCAUCAUCAUCAUCAUCAUCAUCAUCAUCAUCAUCAUCAUCAUCAUCAUCAUCAUCAUCAUCAUCAUCAUCAUCAUCAUCAUCAUCAUCAUCAUCAUCAUCAUCAUCAUCAUCAUCAUCAUCAUCAUCAUCAUCAUCAUCAUCAUCAUCAUCAUCAUCAUCAUCAUCAUCAUCAUCAUCAUCAUCAUCAUCAUCAUCAUCAUCAUCAUCAUCAUCAUCAUCAUCAUCAUCAUCAUCAUUGGUUUAUUCAAUAUGUCGUAGAUUACAGCUUUACAUUCCAAAUCUCAUUAUUAGCAUUAUUGUUCUGGUUAAUCUUCAUUCAUUAUGUAGCGAACGAGAACAAACAAGUGGAGUCAAUCAAAUGUAUUUUUGA